UAUAUAACCCCCUUUCAUUUCCCUCUCUUUUCCAUCACACCACUUAAUUUGUACAAAGAUUUCCCCCUUCUUUACCAUACCUCUAACUCUCCAAAACCAAGAAGAAUUAAAAAGGGCUAUUUUUGCAACUUUUGCUAGACCAAGAAAACAAGCAAAAAAUGGGUACUUUAGUUGGGCAUGUAGCACCAGGAUUUGGCUUCUUUUUACUUGGUAUUUGGCAUUUGAUUAACCAUAUUAGGUUACAUGCUUUGCACCCAAAAUCCUACAUUUCUUUGCCUUGGUUUCCAACUCCAAGAAUUAGGUACUUAGAACUUUUCUUGAUUAUGGGUAGUUGCUUAGCCUCUAUAUCUAUGGAACUAUUUAUUGGUCCAAAAAAACACCAACCUCUAGAUUUUGAUGGAACUAUCCCUUCUAACCAUCUACACAAUUUUGAACAUUCAAAUAUAUCCCUAACUUUCUUUGUCUAUGCACUUUUCACCAUAAUCUUUGACAAAAUUACACCUUCACCCCAUGCAAAAUAUGAGCUCACACAAUUUCUUGGAGCUAUUGCUUUUGGUCAACAACUUCUUCUUUUCCAUCUUCAUUCUACUGACCAUAUGGGAGUUGAAGGACAAUACCAUUGGCUACUCCAAAUUGUUAUUUUUGCAUCUUUAGCCACUACACUUUUGGCCAUUCCUUUUCCUAAAAGUUUCUUGAAUAGUUUUGUGAGAUCUUAUAGCAUUAUGUUUCAAGGAAUUUGGCUUAUGGUUAUGGGAUUUAUGCUUUGGACACCUAAAUUUAUCCCAAAAGGUUGUUUUAUAAACUUAGAAGAAGGUCACAAAGUGGUUAGGUGCCAUAAUCAUGAAGAUCUUGAAAGAGCAAAAUCUUUAGUAAAUAUUCAAUUUAGUUGGUAUUUAGUUGGGAUUACAAUUUUUUGUGUCACACUUUACUUAGUUAUGAUCAAGAUUUUCCAAGAGAAAGUUGAGUAUCAUUCUUUGAAUAGCAAAUUUGAGGAACAAGAAGAUGAUUUGGAGGAUGUUGAAGCACAGAAAACAAGCAAAAAUAAUGUUGAAUCAAAUAGGUUUCUUGAAAUGGGGAAAAUAUUUGCAUCACCAUCAGAUAUGGAAAGGUGAAAAGGAGAGAAAUGAUGAUUCAAAAAAGGUAUGUGUACAAAAAUAAGAUUAAGGUUAGGUGGGAGUGUUUGUUCAUUUUUUAUUUUAAUUAAGCCCACAAUAAAAUAAUUGUAGGGUUUGAAAUAAUUAAAAAAGAAAAAAAAAAAGGGAAUUUGGUUCAAGAUUUGUAUGGUUUGUAUUUGUUGAUUUUUAGUUUAAGUAAAAGGGGGCAUAAAAGAAAGAUAAAUUUAGUGUAGGUGGAGAAUUUUCUCCAAUGUAAUUUGAAAGUUUGUAAUUUGUAAAGGUCUCUUUAUUCAGUUUAUUUAUUAUGGACAUCACGUACAUGUAUUUUGUUUUUACUUAUGUA